AUGGGCCGGCGCUGUAGACGCUUCGGCUUACGCGUGGCUGCUGUGGGGGUGGCGCUUGUCUCCGGGUGGGCGUCGUACCACCGCUGGCAGCUGCGCCGCAGCGCUGUCACCUCUUUGUCUGCGGGUGCGACGAUGAAACGCCCACCGUCCCACGCCGUGAAACUUGGGCUGCUCGCGGAUAGCACGAAGGAGAAACCGUUUGACGUCCUCGUCGUUGGCGGCGGCGCCAUCGGGCUGUACACCGCCGUCGAUGCUGCCCAGCGUGGCCUGCGCGUGGCUUUGGUUAACGCCGAUGACUUCGGCUCCAGCCUCACUGGAACUUCGCCGCCGCUUAUUGCUGGUGCCUUUCCGUACGUGCAGCGGGCACUGCGGCAACGUGACUUUCUAUGGCUUCGCCGCGGCGUGGAGGCGUGGCGUGCCUUGACGGUGUGGUCGAACGUGGCACCAGGGCUCCUGCAGAGUGGCGUCUCCACCCUCAUCCCCUCCUCGCACUUCUUGGAACUGACGGAGUUGGUGGUGGCGGCGGUCAUAGCGACGCUGCUGAGUCCGUUUUUGGGUGCCUGGAAGCCAUUCCGCUUUGUGCGCGGGUCCGCCUUGCGGACGGAGGGUCACGGAGCCGAAACUGAAAUGCAGGGCGGCGUUCUCUUGACGGAUUCCUUGCUGGACGGCAACGCCGCCUCGGUGGCGCUUGCUCGCACUGCCGAGGCGCUGGGUGCGGUGGUCCUCAACUACGCCUCCGUGACGAGCAUCGCGGACGUGGAAGCAGCGUCGGCGGUGCAUGGGCGAGCGAACUUUGCCGUUGUUGUGAACGAUGUGAGUGCGCCGAAGGGCGCGGAGGCGCCGGUUCCACGCGGAGUCACCGUUUACACGCGCAGUAUUGUGAACUGCGCCGGGUCUUGGGUGGAUGAGGUGAAGCAGCUGAUGCCGAACAACGCGGCGGAUGCAGUGCCGACUGCUGUGGCGCGGCACCAAGUGAGGUCCUACUUUGUACUGCCCCGCAGCGCCGUGCGGCCCGUGAUAACGAACGGCAGGCUUUCUUGCCUUGGCUCCGACGCACUGUUGCUGUCACCCACCUCCUACAGCUUCGCCUCAAUGAUGCUGCUGCCGUGGUUUGAUGACUGCGUACUAAUUGGACCAAGCCUCUCUUCCCUGUCCCGGCUUCCCAGUAAAAGUUACGCCGUGGCCCCAACGACGGUGUUGGCGCUGGUUGACACGGCAAAUAAUAGGGGGUAUGAUGCGCAGGGGGUGUACAAAAGCCAACGGAGGCAUCUCUGCCGCGCCUUACAACUCUCCGGCGUAAACAUUGAUGAGGACCGCGUCUUGUCGUGUCUUUCGUCUAUUGUGCCAGUUAUUGCGCCUCCCUCGCGUGUUCCUUGGGCAGAGGAGGUGUUUAUGGAGGGCUGUCACGUCAUCGCGGGAGGGCAGCAGCCAAAUGUGGUGCACGUCUACGGGGGGACGGUAGGUUUUGCUAGAGAUAUUGCGGAGAAGGCUGUGGAUCGCCUCCUGCAUGACAGCGGUGCGUUUACAACGACGGAGGCGACGCAGCUGAGGCCGUGUCAAACGAGGCGUCUGGCCCUCGUUGGGGCGCAGUCAGGCGACGCCGGGGGCGGUGAUGUCUCCCCAGUCACACGCCUGCAGAAGAUUGUGCGUGAGGAGUACGCGGUGCGUGUGCUGGACGUGGUUGCGCGGCGGAGGCACACCGCAUACAGUAGUCCUGCGGAAGCGUUGGCGGCUCUUCCUGCCAUUGCGGAGGUGAUGCGGCGUGAGUUGGGGUGGACGGCGGAGCGAACACAAGCGGAGUUGGAUUCGGCACGUGCCUUCAUCCGCAGCAUCAGCGUCGCCUGA